CCGCCCCGGAGCCCGCCCCGACUGCGCCGCCAGGGGCGCCCCCACCUCCCUCCCCCCGGGCCGGGGAGCCGGGGGGCAGCGCCGGAGCCCGGGGGGAGCGCGGCCCCGCCAGCCGGCCGGCCAGGGCAGGGGGCAGCGAGGACGGCGCCGGUCCAGGUGGAGGCCGCAGAGGGCCCAGGGCAAGCAGGGGCAGCAAUGGUUGGUCCUGACGGUGGCUGAGCGCCCAGCCCCUGGAAUAUGCAGCCCGGGGGAGCCCCAGGCAGUGGCGAGGACGCGGUGGCGGAGUGGGGCGGGAGGCAUGGUCUCCACCUACCGGGUGGCCGUGCUGGGGGCGCGAGGCGUGGGCAAGAGUGCCAUCGUGCGCCAGUUCCUGUACAACGAGUUCAGCGAGGUCUGCGUGCCCACCACCGCCCGCCGCCUCUACCUGCCUGCUGUUGUCAUGAACGGCCAUGUGCACGACCUCCAGAUCCUCGACUUCCCGCCCAUCAGCGCCUUCCCUGUCAACACGCUGCAGGAGUGGGCAGACACCUGCUGCAGGGGCCUCCGAAGCGUCCACGCCUACAUCCUGGUCUACGACAUCUGCUGCUUUGACAGCUUUGAGUACGUCAAGACCAUCCGCCAGCAGAUCCUAGAGACGAGGGUGAUCGGCACCUCUGAGACGCCCAUCAUCAUCGUGGGCAACAAGCGGGACCUGCAGCGCGGACGCGUGAUCCCGCGCUGGAACGUGUCACACCUGGUGCGCAAGACCUGGAAGUGCGGCUACGUGGAGUGCUCGGCCAAGUACAACUGGCACAUCCUGCUGCUCUUCAGCGAGCUGCUCAAGAGCGUGGGCUGUGCCCGCUGCAAGCACGUGCACGCCGCCCUGCGCUUCCAGGGCGCGCUGCGCCGCAACCGCUGCGCCAUCAUGUGACGCCGCGCCCGCCCCAAGGGUGUCCGCGGGCUGCCUCCCCGACGGGCCCGGGCGGCUUCCCCACGGGACUGCGGGGCUUGAGCCGGGAGCGGGCGAGAAUAGAACUCUGACGGUCCGGGCCUGAAACGCCCCUGCAGCCACGCACUUCCCCGCGAGAGGCAGAGGGCGAGAGGGAGCCUCCCCAUAGCCGCCCGGUCCUCCCCUCUCUCCCGCGUUUGUCUUACUGGGACGCCGCCUUUAGUGCUGUAGUUAGUGCAGUACCCGGCCCGGCCCCAAGGGGCGCCACAGCCUGUGGGGAUUGGGGGUGAGCGCGAAAUGGAGGGUGGGGGUGGGGAGGUGCUGCCUCGGCCGGGCCCCCACCCGUCUUCUCCAGAGAGUGUGUCUGUCAUUGCCCCGCGUCGUCUUUUUCCCCGUCCAUCUGUUUGCCCGUCCUUAGCUGUCUUAUCCACCCUCCUGUCCCCCUUCCUUCCCCCAGCUCCGUUUACAGGGCUCUCAUUUCGUCCAUCCCCUUGUCGCAGAUCCUGGCAGCUUCUUUGUGAGGUCAGCCUUCUGACCUUCAGCACCACUGGCACAGAACAGAGGGAUUCGGGUGGCCCAAGGACACAACCGGGGUCCGAGGGUUGAGGUCCCAGAUCAGGCACGGGGAGAAGGCUGAGCUCUCCCCCUUCCAGGGAGACCUCCCCGCCCAGCAGCCCCCAGAGACACAACAACCUACCUUCCAGCCUUAAUUCAAUGGUCCGUCCCUGCCGGGUGCCCCUCAUUCCCUUCCUGCCCCCAAGCCAGAUCACCCCCGGGAUAAAACUUUUUCUUGACAGACUGUGGAGAGGGAAUCCCCCGAAGGAUAGAUUUAUUUCCAUGAUGCUGGGUUCCAGCCCUCUAUCCCCUCCUGCUUUGGGUGGCCUUCCAGACUGUGGGAUGUUGGGUUUAGGAGGCUGGUGGUGGGCAGGCUGGUGCCCGGGCAGGGGCGGGCGGAGGGAGAGUCAGGUUGUGCCAGUGAAGACUCUGUCUCCCCAUCCCACCUCAAUCUGAUGCCCCAGACUCUGCCUACCUCGACUCUCAGAUUACUCUGAUUAAUCUGGAGAGGGGCAGAGCCAGCAAGAAAUUAUGGGGACCCCUGUGCUUGGGGGAGAUACACCUGCAUCCCCACCCCUAGAUGGAGGCCUUCAGGAUCUACGCCCCCUUGUCCCAACACCCGUAGCCCUAUGCCCUUACUCAUUCCACCCCAUUUUCUCCGGCUGCCUGGCCGGGUUUCUACCUCUCGUCACCGGAGCUGAUCACUGUCAGUUUUGUACCGAUUUAGAAAUAACAAAAAUAAUGGAGAUACUAGGAGUGGCCUGAGGGAUUCCUGGGGGACCUGGGGAGUGGGAGAAGUGGUGCGUGUCCCCUGCCCCCGGCCAAGUUUUCCUUGAUGCUGAGCCCUCAACCCUGGUCUGGUGGGAGGAUAGCAAGGUCUCUUGUUCGAAGAGGGGCGCACUGAACAACCAGCCUCGACCUAGCCAAGCUGUGGCUGUAGACCGGGAAAUCAGGUGGCCCAGAGCGGUGAUGGAGUUGAGUCUGAGGGAGGGUUGUGGGCGGGGAAUUUAUCAUACAGAUCUAGUGUAAGAGGGAAUCUGCCAUUCUUUCUGCUUCCCCAGCUAAUUCCCCCUCCACCCACCGGGGUAGCACAGCCCUACAGUGACUGCCCAGACCUUGGGCCGCCCAGUAUUCCUGGGUUAUAGUCCCUGCUGUGCUGCAUGACUUUGGGCAAGUGACCUACCCUCUCUGAGCCUCCCUCUGAAAUAGAGGAGGUGGCUCCCCUUCCCCACACCUUGGAGUGGCUGGGAGGGUAAGGAAGAGGGCCUGCCCCCUUUUUCCCCUGCAUCCCUGCCCCUGGUUCACCAGGGGCAUGGGGUGAGGGAUGGCAGCAUCUCACCUGCCCUGUCACCGUCGCUGCCAGCUCUGAGGCACCUGAGGUGGGGGUGGGGGACCCAGGCCUCUGGCUGCCCCUGUGGGAGCCAUUGGAAUGUAUCGCCUGACUGCGCCCCCCCCCCCCCGACUCCUUCCGCUUCACCCCAGGUCUUUGAUUUCGAUUCCCUCCAUUCUGAGUCUCUGUCCUUCUCCCUGCCCUCCCCCCAGGGUUUCCCACCACAGGGUCUGGAAGUGUGUGUGUGACACCCAUUGCGCUGUGAUUGGAAGUCAGAUUAAAAAUCAGGGAGUGUUUUCCCUCGUUUCUGUA